CGAAGCCCUGCGAUCUAGCCGCUCAGACCUCGCCCCGCAAUGGUGCCUUUGCCUCAGCAGUGCGCGCUCUGGAGCUGCUUGCUGACAUUGGUCCACCUAGGACAAUGCAUCACAUGCAGUGACAGACAGUACCUUUCCGAUGGCCGCUGUUGCGAUUUGUGUAAGCCAGGGACGAGAGUGGAGAACGACUGCACAGAUCUUGAGGCGACCACAUGCGUCCCGUGCAGCUCAGGCGAAUUCUCAGCCAGCUGGAACAGAGAGCUGCGCUGUCACCAGCACAGACACUGUGAACUCAAUCAAGGGUUUCGGGUUAAGAAGGAGGGCACGUCAGAUACAGACACCGUUUGCACCUGUAAGGAAGGUCAGCACUGCACCAACUGGGACUGUGAGGCCUGUGCACAGCACACGCCCUGUGGACCUGGCUUUGGAGUUGAGGAGAUCGCCACAGAGACUACGGAUACUGUGUGUAAGCCCUGCCCGGUCGGCUUCUUCUCCAAUGCGUCAUCGCUUUUCGAAGAGUGUCAUCCUUGGACAAGCUGUGAGGCCAAAGGGCUGAUGGUUCUGAGGGAAGGAUCGAGUCAAACUGAUGCGUUCUGUGGUGAGUCCAGGGGAGACCAGGACCGGGUCCAAAUACCGAGUUUCCAGUUCCGGGAGCGAGCCUUUCUGGUCAUUCCCAUCGUGAUGGCCACCCUCAUCCUCGGCACCAUCUUUGUGUUGUCUGUCUAUAUCAAAAAGGUGGCCAAGAAACCAACGGAUAAUAGGGACAUACCCCUUGAAGUUGGAGGGCAAAUUCCCGAAGAGAUAGAGGAUUAUCCUGGUCACAACACUGCUCCUCCGGUGCAGGAAACAUUGCAUGGGUGUCAGCCUGUCGCGCAGGAGGAUGGCAAAGAGAGUCGCAUCUCAGUGCAGGAGAGGCAGGCCACGUGGGCAUGAGACGGCUGGUCUGGAGCCGCUGCGGAGGCGGUGGCACGAGGCAAGGACCUGGCUCUGAUGACUGCUGACCUCUGAGGCUGGCGAGGAUCAAAGACACAGCCCAGUGCAGCCGGCUCUCAUGCCUGCUGCUGUCAUCUCAUCUCUCGGCUUGCUUUUAAAGAUGGAGGAAAGCGUGGGCAUCGGGGGUCCACUGUAAUACCGGCAGGGUGCAGCGAUGCAGGGCCCAGAGGCGUAUCACUGUGGCUCUCACUGUGAGGAGUCAUGGACGCGGGAGUCCAUGGCUUGUGGCUUGGGCUGCUAGAAAACACCUGAUUGCCAUCAGUGGGGGACUGGCUAAAUAAAUCUGUAAUAUA